UUGUAUUUUUCAAGAUAACAAAUGUAUUAUUGUAACGGGAGAUAAAAGUUCUUCGCCAAGAGUAAAAACCGUUAAUAUGCUUGGAGCUGAAGUAAUCCAGGCCAAUAGUAAGGAUUUAGAAACUUCUUUACUUCAACAACUAAAAGAAGAAAAUCCGGAUACUUACGUCACGUUGAAUGAGCAUGACAAUGACGUUAAUCCAAGAACGCACUAUGAAGCAACAGGUUUGGAGAUAGUGUCUGCGUUAGGGAAUGUCGAUAUGGUGGUGAUGGGAGCCGGCAGCGGGGGCACCAUGACCGGUGUAGCACAGCGGCUGAAACAGCAGAACCCUCACUGCAUCGUGGUAGCGGCAGAACCCGACGGCUCUACCAAAAUCCGCUCUGAUGGGAAAUCACAUCCAUUUUUGGUGGAAGAAAUCGGAGGCAAGUUAACAUCGAGUGUCCUCGACCUAUCUUUAAUUGACCAAAUUGAAAUGGUGACAGACAAGGAGUCUUUUCUCAUGGCGCGGGAGCUGGCGAAGAAAGAGGGGCUGCUAUGUGGUGGAAGUAGUGGAACAGCCAUGUCAGCAGCUAUCAAGGCUGCCAAAGCGCUGAACUUCGGCAUCGGCCAGCGCGUGGUGGUGAUCUUACCAGACGGCAUACGUAAUUACAUGUCCACCUUCGUCAGUGACCCCUGGAUGGAAGCCCAAGGGUUCAUGGAACCCCCUGCACAUAGUAUGACGUGGUGGAACAGACCCAUUUGUGAUUUGAACUUGCCUCACUCAUACCCCAAGUUGGAUAGAGAGUGCACUUGUAGGCAAGCCUUGAAGGCCAUGAGAAUAAACAAAGUCAGCAUAGCCGUAAUCGUCGAUAAAAAUGGGCAUUUCGUAGGCGUCGUCUCCAAGAACAGUCUUCGCAACAAGGCAACGAACCCUCCGCAGCUACCAGGACAAAAAUGCAAAGAAUUAGACUUUGAAGACGUGAUCACCAACGUUCUCGACGAAGACGUUUUCACUUUAGCUGUUGACGAUGACAGUGCGAGCCCGACUAUCGGUCUCCUGUCACGUAUGCUGGACAUUACUCCCUUCGUCAUUAUAGGGAAUAAAACAACCGAUGUGGAUACAGAACAAGAAUACUUCGUUCCGAGCAGUGUGGUGACUGGCGACGAUAUCCUGGACUAUAUAGAACUGACGCCAGAUACAAGGACAGACACAGGAAACAAAAAGAAGUCGCUUACCACUUAAUAAUUAAGUCAUUUUAUUCAACUGCACGUAUAGCCGAGUGGCAAAGGUCACCACGCUAAACACAGUGUGCGCGACGUGGCUGGGUUCGAUUCCCGCGUAUUCCCCGCGCCACAAGAAUUAAAUGACUUAGUGCAGGAGUCGUUGUAAAAAAAGUGAAGUUGUUAAACCUAAGUACUAUAAAAUUGUUUAGUAUCUAAUCGAAUGAAUGCACCGUCCGUUUGAUAUGAUGUAGAUAUUGUUAUUUAAACGGAUCAAACAUACAUAAAAAUAUAAACAUAAUGUUUAGUCACUCAUUAUAUUUGAUGUGUACAUAUAUUGAUCGUUUUACCUACUGAAUAAAUUAUUAUAGUAAAUCAUCAGUUUUUAAUCAUUAAGUGACCUACUUUUGCUCCGGUGGGUGGAGGUUUACCCACAUUUGGGUAUCAGUACCAUAACAUAUUUUGACUAAAUCCUCGUGUGAGUACGGUUGCCUAAGGAAGCGGUCUACCAAUUUUGUAGAAGAGUCAUAAGUUGACAUAAGUAGCUGUUAGAGUAUUUAUUAGUAGCAAAAGAGUUGUUCAACCUAAAGAAGAUGUGAUUCUUGGCAGAAAGUACCACAAGCACAGAUCGCAAACAUACUCAAUUUUAUACCAUCUGCCAGUAUGGCGUGAAAAUAAUGAAAUUGCCAUAGCAACUUAUACGAAUUUUGCAUAAAAACUACAAUGGCUGCUACCAAACUUAAUUAGCGUAACGGUAAUUAAAAGAAAAGCCAUAGGAAUUGAGGGCCUGAAAUUUGAUUGAUAAAUAAAAAAAAUGAUCCGACCUUUACUAUCUUUUAGCGCAAAUGAUUGUCCAAGUGUAACAUGACUAUUGGAAAAUACCCCUAAUCCUUGGCGGGGCAGACAAUUAUCUAUCAAUUUUGUAACUAGAUGCCAAUUGAACCAAUAUCAUAGAAGUAAUACCUUAGUUCUUACUUAUUUUAUGAAGGUAUUAAUAAACUCCACAUUGUAUCAAGUUCAUAUCGUGAUACUGAUGGUAUGAGAUGAAUUGUUUAUAGUGGUUAUGAUGAGCGUGUCUUUACGGUAUUGAACUACAAACUGUUCAAAACAGUUUUGUGGACCAAUGUAUUAACAUAAGUCUUAU